UUCUUUGUCCGCCAUUAUGUUCUUCUUCUUCUUCACUUUUCCUGUUGCAAUGGUAUGUUCUGAUCACGCCAUGGAUGGCCUGAAGAACUACAAGCAACUUGAGCUGCCUGGUGUGUUGGGUCCCGAAAGCAUUGCCUUUGACUGCAAUGACAAUGGCCCUUAUGCCGGUGUUUCCGAUGGUAGAAUCCUUAAAUGGCGAGGACCAGAGGUUGGUUGGACUGAGUUUGCUUUCACUGCACCAAACAGGCAACGAGAGGUAUGUGAUGGGUCAACCAACACCUCGGACGAACCCACUUGUGGGAGACCAUUGGGCCUUAAAUUCAACCCCGAAAGUUGUGAUCUCUUCAUUGCAGAUGCCUAUUUUGGGCUAAUGGUUGUCGGACCUAACGGUGGUCAGGCCCAGCAACUCGUUGCUUCGGCCGAAGGCGUCCCUUUCCGCUUCACAAAUGCCUUGGACAUUGAUUCCAAAACUGGACUAGUUUAUUUUACAGACAGUAGCAUCAUCUACCAAAGAAGAGAAUAUAUAUUGGCAGUGAUCGGAGGUGAUAGAACUGGGAGGCUAUUGAAAUACGAUCCACAUAGCAAGGAAGUAACAGUGAUGUUUAAAGGCUUAGCAUUUCCAAAUGGGGUGGCUCUAAGCAAGGACAAUUCAUUUCUUUUAGUUGCUGAAUCAACUAAGUUUCAAGUCUUAAGAUUCUGGCUUCAAGAUUCAACAAUUUACAGUCCACAAGUUUUUGUGCGGCUUCCAAGGUUUCCUGAUAACAUUAGAACGAACAAUGAAGGAGAAUUCUGGGUAGCUCUGAACAGUGCAAGAGGAAAAAUUCGGAGAAGUAAAGAUACGGAGUUGGAUUCUAAAACUGUGAGGGGUCGGUAUGAUAAUGAUCCUGUAGGAGUUAAGAUAGAUUGGGAGGGGAAGAUUGUAAAAGUAUUGCAUGGAAAUGAUGGAGCAGCACUUGACUCUGUUAGUGAAGUUGAAGAGCAUGGUGGGAACUUAUUUAUGGGGUCAUCAGUGAAGCCUUACGUUGGCGUAAUGGAAGUCUAGCUAACUAGUUUCGAGGAUGUCUUCAUUUACUGAAACCAUUUAUUUCGAAAAAUAAUUGCAUCAAAAUCAUAUUAUUAAUUUGUUUACUUGAUUUUGAUAUUUUAUUAGU